AUGAGACGGCGCGCUUGUCUGGUACUCAUCUUCCUCCUCAGCCGCCGCCCUCUGUUUCGCCGGCGACUCAGCGGUGCUCCGGCGAGAAGGGAAGGGAGAGAACGGUGGCGGCCCUGCUCAGCUUCAAAUACCGUUUCAGGGCAAAAUAAGAUUUGA